AUGCCCAUGAACAAACCUUCCCCAAUGUCUCCCUCCCCAGCCUCUGAACAAUUUAUGGUGAAAGGCAUAAAGGGGCCAAUCCUGGCUCCAUUUGGUGGAGAAGUUGAGCUCAGCUGCCAGUUGUCUCCACCACAGAGUGCACAACACAUGGAGAUCCGCUGGUUCCGCAACCGCUACACACAACCCAUUUACCUGUACAAGGAGGGUAAAGAUCGGUAUGGAGAAAUGACCCCUAUGUAUGUGGAGCGAACAGAACUCCUGAAAGAUGCCAUUGGAGAAGGUAAAGUGACCCUCAGGAUCUUUAAUGUUGGUGUUGAUGAUGAUGGGCAGUACCACUGCUUCUUCAGAGAUGGAGAUUUCUCUGAAGAGGACGUCACAGAAGUGAAGGUCACAGCUACAAGCUCAGACACACAGAUUCUAGUGCUUCCUUCCAAUAUUGAUGAUCUUAGAGUGGAAUGUAAUUCAGGAGGUUGGUUCCCACAGCCUCAAAUGGAAUGGAGAGACAGCCAGGGAAAGGUCCUCCCACCUGCAUCAAAAUCUCACUCACAGGACACGGAUAAAUUGUUCAACAUGAAGAUGACCCUUUUUCUCAGCAAUACUCACCCUGGGGAUGUCACUUGCUACCUCAGAAACCCUCUAACUGGCCAAGAGGAAAAGACAAACAUUGUUUUACCAGGUGAGAUCUUCCCUGCUUCAGAUCCACUAUUUGAAUUGAAUGCUGUCUGGAUUGGUGAUAUGAACAUGAUCCUGUGUAUUCUGAUGGUCUUCAUCACCCUGAGCAUUUCCCUUAUUUACUUCAAAGUGAAAGCCCCCCAACUCUGGCCUGGAUACUGUAUUGAGACUGUGAUCAUCAGGCGCAGCCUUGACUUGCUGCUGAGCUUCUACUUCCACAUCCCCAUCACUCUGUUUUUUGGAUGCAUGCAAGUGGUGCUGCCACAAGAAUUCUACUGGGUCAUAUUUAGAAACCUGCUAACUUGGUAUGCUAAAGAGUUCAAAGACUCUCUGAUAGAGCACCCAGUAUGGUUUAAGUCCUUCAUGUUUUGUGAGCUUUUGUUUCAGCUGCCUUUCUUUCCUAUUGCAACAACAACCUUCUUCAAAGGAAAUUGCAGAUGGAUCCACAUUCUUGUAAUCGUCUACUCAGUUCACAUCCUGACAACAUUAAUGCCAAUUCUCUCCACAUUUCUAUUUAGGGAUUUCUCCAAAGCCAGUGGUUUCAAAGGACUAGGUUCUGAGACUUUCCAUGAAUGAAUAACUCUUAGCCAUCUAUACCCCAACAGUCUCAUUCCCCUUAUACUUCUGGUUUUCAUGUUGAACCCCACUAUGAGAAAAAAAGAAAGAAAAAAUGAGGGAAACAACCACAGUCCCUGGGAAGGUUUCAUGGGGCAAUUGCCCUUCGUGACCCAAUACAAGCAAAAUUACUCUGAAUCCAUGUCUUCAGUAACAUUUGAAACACCAACAACACUGCAUAAGAGCAAGAUGGUGGCAAGCCACAUCAAACCCUUAAUCUUCCAAGGUCACUGA